UUAAAUACAUAUUUUUUAAUAUUAUUAUUUAAUAUUUAAUAUAUUCAAAUAGUCAUAACCAUUUGAAUUAUGUGUUUUUAUGCAGAUAACCAGUAUAGAUGACAAUAACAAAGUACAGUACAAUACUGUGCAAAGUGUCCUCCCACCCCUGGAAAACAGGGCUCCUCCGGAAGCUACGGUGUAAUUCAAACUCUUUUAUUUACCGUGCAUAUAAUGUUUUUUUAUGUAAAAUAUAUCAAACACUGAAUGACAGAUGUAAAAUGUUAUUCUUUCAUUUAGCGCAGAGAUUUCAAAAGUGGCAGAUUAAAAUAAAUACUUGCCUGCCACAGUGGCAGGAAGUGAAAAAAGUUCAUUUCAGACCCUGUUAAGGUCUGUAAUGGAAAUUGUUUCUUUGGGGAGUUUUGGAUUUUACUGCUGUGUUUGCUUCACUGGUUGUGGACGUCGGACAUGGACCAUUGACCCAACCUGAAAUAGGCACUGCAUGUUUGUUGACCAAAAAUGCAACACAGAAACUGAAAUAAACUUCCAAGGGCAACGAGAGACACCUGUCAGGUCCUUAGGAAUGUGCUGCAUGCUUGUAUUUUUCCAGCAGACUGUUGUUAAGUCUACUUGCAACAAGAUAAAGAACAUACUACAUUCAACACACUCAACACACUCAGCUUGAGACAUUGAUGCAGGUUGACUGUGUCCGUUUGCAAACAAGAUACGACUUAAAAGACACUCUGAGCUCUUUAUCACAUAAUUUCUCACCACAAGGACAGCUCGUGAGACUCCCAUCUUCACAGACAACAGAGCAUCACAAGACAUCUUGUCGUGGCUUGUCCCCGGACAUUGAGCACAGGGAUGGCCUCCUACCCAAUGUCCUCCAGCUCUGCCUCUCUAGGACAUAGACACUCGGGUGUUGAGAGUGCAAGCGGUGGUGACGGUAGGUUUAAUGCCCCCAGUGAAAGAGAACAUGAUAUGCAGUCCAUUCCAAGGUUGGGCGAUUUUGACUAUCCAGUGCCGGACAAACCUGCGGCCCCUACGGAGUCCAGUCGACCCAAGUACACCUCUGAAUCAGCUUCUAGCGUCCUUCUACACUUUGGACUUGAAACAGAAGACUUGGACUAUCUCAUCUCCUUCCCUGACGACCAGAUCACCCCUGCUAACCUGCCGUUCAUCUUGCGGCAAAUCCGGAUUGAGAAGGCUAAGAGAGCUGCAACUGCAGUUCAGUCAAAACCCUGCCCCGAACCCCAACCCGCCAGAAGUGUGAGUGGAAUGGACAGUCACAGUUUGAGUAGUUCUGGAGGGGUGAGGAUGCACCAGGUGGAAAUGUCAUCAACUGUUCUCCAACCGAGUAAAGUGAUUGACUAUGGACAUACUGGCAAAUAUACUGGAGGGAUUAGGGAUGAGAUUGGAAGGACCAGUGGCAGUAGAGCUAACUGUGGUGGGACAAUGCUGCUAAUGGACACUUACGACAGUAACAGACACAGUCGAGAACCACUACAGAAAACUACAACAGAGGUGAAAAGCAGUGCCUUUGGUUCUUCACAUGACCAGGUGAGUUCUGAACCUCUGAAAGAACCAGAGGCAGAUCGCCAGUCAACGUCGAAUACCCAACCACCCUCCACUCUAUGCUGUGGUGUAGAUCGCAGUCGACCUGGCCUUGUGGUCAUUGGCAGUGAUGACGCCAGUGGCACUAAGGAUCAGAUUAAAACUCCAGGACAAGGGUCAACUGUUACUGAGCAGAUGAAAAAGCAGCAGACACAGCAGCAGCAGCCUAUGCAGAAGGAACAGAUGCAGAAGGACCAGAUGCAGAAGGACCAGAUACAGAAGGACCAGAUGCAGAAGGUCCAGAUACAGAAGGACAAGAUGCAGAAGGACCAGAUGCAGAAGGACCAGAUACAGAAGGACCAGACACAGAAGCAGCAGAUGCAGAAGGAACAGACGCAGAAGGACCAGAUGCAGAAGGACCAGAUACAGAAGGACCAGACACAGAAGCAGCAGAUGCAGAAGGACCAGACACAGAAGCAGCAGAUGCAGAAGGACCAGAUGCAGAAGCACCAGAUGCAGAAGCAGCAGAUGCAGAAGGACCCGAUUCAGAAGGACCAGAUUCAGAAGGACCAGAUGCAGAAACAGCAGAUGCAGAAGCAGCAGAUGCAGAAGGACCCGAUUCAGAAGGACCAGAUGCAGAAGCAACAGAUGCAGAAGGACCAGAUGCAGAAGCAACAGAUGCAGAAGGACCAGAUGCAGAAGCAGCAGAAGCAAAAGGACCAGAUUCAGAAGGACCAGAUGCAGAAGCAGCAGAUGCAGAAGGGCCAGAUGCAAAAGCAGCCAACGCAGCAACAAUCAAAGCAGCAGACGCAGAAGCAGCCAACGCAGCCGAUUGGGCAAGCAAUGCGAUCUCUAGUUUGUUCUGUUGUGAAAUCCUUUCCCCCCAGCAUCACUGGUGCCACGCAACGUCCGGGUGGUCCUCGCUCCGUCAUUCUUCGUCCUGCUCUGCGUCCUGCAAAGGAUCUGCCAAGGGUGGCCAUGAUGCACGACUACGCUGGGGCUACACCGAGGAUCUUUCCACAAAACUGUUCUCUGUGUAACAUAACAUGUGUUCAUAUGAAGGAAUGGGUCUCCCACCAGAACUCCCGUUUCCACCUCGAGAGCUGCAAACUCCUCCGAAAACAAUACCCAGAGUGGGAUGGUGAGAUAGCACUUGAGCCUGGUGCUGCAGGUAAAGAUGAUGAGCCCUCAACUUCUUUACAGACUUACCAGCAACAUCAGACAGUCAGGCAUAGAUGUCGCUCCUGUUCCCGUUCCCGCUCGCCCAGCCCUCGUCGCCACCACGGCUCAGAGGGUAGAAGGGAGAAAUGGAGGAGCCGAUCACGUUCACCGCACAGCUCCAGAUACACUCGCACAAAUACCCAACCACCCUCCACACUGUACCGUGGAUUGCAUCGCAGCCGACCCGACCUUAUGCUCAUUGGCAGUAAUGACACCAGCGACACUGAGUAUGAGAGUGAAACUCGAGGAGAAGUUGCUGAGCAGAUGAACAAGCAGCAGACACAGAAGGAGCAAAUGCAACAACAAUCAAAGCAGCAGAGGCAGCCAGUAUUGCAGAUGGGUUGGGGUGCAUCGAGGUCUCCAGUUUUUUCUGCUGCGAAAUCAGUUCCCUCUGCUUCUCACAUCCCCAGCAUCACUGUUGCCGUGCAACAUCCCGGUGGUCCUCGCUUAAUCGUUAUUCCUCCAGCUCUGCCUCAGCCAGUCCCAGACCUGAUGGACCUCAUUCAUCCGACACUGCCACCUUCCAACAGGCAGCCUCCGGCAAAGGUGGAGGUCUCCAAGGGAUUCCACUCGCCGCCAGAUUGUGAAAUUACCAAAUAUGUUCCUGCUUCUCCAAGGACGAGUGACGAGAGACGAUCGCCACCAAGGAGGACUGCCGAGACACAGUUGUCACCAAGGAGGACUGCCGAGACACGGUUGUCACCAAAGAGGAGUGAUCCAAGACGAUCGCCACCAAGGAGGAGUGAUAACAGUCGAUCGCCACCAAGGAGGACUGCCGAGAAACGGUCGCCACCAAGGAGGAGUGAUCCAAGACGAUCGUUACCAAGGAGGCUUGACGAGAGACGAUCGCCACCAAGGAGGAGCGACGAGAGACGAUCGCCACCAAGGAGGACUGACGAGAGACGAUCGCCACCGAGGAGAAGUGUCCAGCUACGAUCCCCUCAACGAAAGGAGUCGAGCAGUGCAGAGACGCUGGCUAACAAACUACUGGAAACAUCAGCUGUCCAGUCUCUGUCAGACCAGUGUGGUCUGGAGGAUUUGUUUAAAAUUCUUGCUCCUGCCUUACUGGCUGAGCUAGACAAGAUGAAGUCCUCAUCAUCAUCAUCAUCAUCAUCAUCAUCAUCACCCUCCUCCUCUUCCAUAGGAGGAAAGCCCUCCUCGUCUUCUACUGCCUCUUCUUCAUCCUUCUCCUCUAAAGCAAAGCUCAGCCUGCAGAAGAGCGAGGCAAGUUCUUCUGCAAAGACAAAGUCUGGUAAAUCUUCCCCUCCAACCAUGGUGAAACUAGAAGGGAUUCAUAGUUCUGUGUCUCGCAAUGAUGUGUUGGCUGCCGUGGAGCACUUUGGAAAAACUAAGUCAGUUUUACUCUUUCGGUCCAAACUGGAGGCAAUCGUGUGUUUCGAGAAAGAGGAAGACGCAAAGAAAUUGAAGAGCGUAAAAAGCCUAGAUGUGAAAGGAGUGGCAAUCAUUGUUGACAGAGAAAAGUCCCAGGUGUUGCAGAUGUUUAUACGCUCCCCUGCUGCCGAAGACGCUGAACCAAUGCAGGUUGUUGAAAUGGGAGCUGAAGAAAUUGCAGAAAAAACGACAACUACAGAGGCUGUACCAAGAAAUUCAGCAGACAAAUCCAGUGAGAGUCGACCACCAGACAGUACAGUUUCAGCUUCACCACACGUCCAGCAAAGCACCUCGUCAGAACCAGCGUCCACUACACAAAGACCGGAGACGGUUACCUCUGUUACUACCCCUCUGACGGUCGAGGAGUGUAUUAAAAAACACCUGCGUCGAGACAGAACAAAGUUCUUCGAGAGAAAAAGCCUCUCAGGGGAAACGGGUAGGUCAAAUCACUUAUAUGAAGUACUGCACAUGUAGUUUUCCUAAAUACAAAAUAUGGCCAAUCUCCUAACUGGUAGGGCUGUCAAUCGAUUCAAAUAUUUAAUUGCGAGUUAUCGCAUGAUUGUCCAUAGUUAAUCACGAUUAAUCGCAAAUUAAUCACAUUUUUUAUCUGUUCAAAAUAUACCGUAAAGGGAGAUU